AUGUCGCAAUCGGCUUGGGAGAAAACUAAACGCUAUUCGAAGAAGGGCUUUGACAAGGCCUGGGACACUGUCGACAAACUCGGUGCGCCUGUCAACCGCCUCUCGAAUCGACUCGGCGCCGAGGCCUUCUGGCCCAUGGCUAUCGACAAAGAAAGCGACAAGGCCGCGCGCAUUAUCCGCAGCUUCUGUAAAGAUGGCUUCUAUGCUUCCGAAUCCGAAGUCAAUACCGACGAGCACGGCAAGAUCAAUCGGCCCAAGGGCAAGCAGAAGGUGAUGAAGAAGAUCCCUUCUCAGGUUAUUCAGAAUGCCAAGGGCCUCGCUAUUUUCACGACAAUGCGCACCGGACUCUGGGUCAGCGGCUCUGGAGGCAGUGGAGUUCUACUGGCCCGCAUCCCCGAGACUGGCGAAUGGAGCCCGCCAUCUGGCAUCAUGCUUCACACAGCCGGCAUCGGAUUCCUCGCCGGCGUCGAUAUCUAUGACUGUGUCGUCAUUAUCAACACGUAUGAAGCGUUGGAUGCGUUCAAGAAAGUGCGUUGCACUCUCGGCGGAGAAGUCAGUGCCACAGCAGGCCCAGUGGGAAUGGGCGGCGUACUAGAAUCCGAAGUCCACAAGCGCCAGGCCCCGAUCUGGACCUACAUGAAGAGCAAAGGCCUCUAUGCCGGCGUCGCCAUCGACGGGACCAUCGUCAUUGAACGAACCGACGAAAACGAGAAAUUCUAUGGUGAACGCAUUUCGGUCUCCGAGAUCCUCGCAGGAAAAAUCCGACACCCACCGGACUCGAUCAAGACGCUGCACCAGACGAUCAAGGCUGCCCAAGGCGACUCCGACGUCGACGAAACCUUAGUCCCACCCCCUGGCGAAACCCCCGGCGACGUCGAACUUCAAGAUAGCCAAAACUUCGGUGUGCCGGCCGCAGACGACCCAGAUCCAUACGGUGUAAAGGCGUUGGAGGCUGAAGGACUGUUCAUCCGGGAGGCCGGCACGAAGGUGAGGCCAUCACCCGAAACCUUUGAAUUUCGCCCCAGCCCCGGCAGUCCCAUCUACGCAACCUUCUCGCGGCGCAGUCUCGAUAGCUCCCCGCGUAAUAGCUGGCGCACCAGCGUCCAAAGCUAUACCAGCGUGAAUCGCGGCACACAGACCGAUGACCUUCCGCUAACUGCCACCACGCCAGUAAGCCAAGCAUCGUCUCGCAGUGCGAAGGAAUCCACGGAUAUUCCUGCCCCGAGCCCAUCAGACGAUGAGGCCUCUCACUGGGACACGGUCCCAAUUCAUGGCGGCGAAGAGGAGGACAAGGAGGAAAGGAAGCACGACGGCAACGUCCACGAGAAGAACCACGAUGAAUCCGACACCGACAUCGAGGUCCAGGAGGUCAGCAACGUGACCGUCAACAAGCGAGAGAGCAAGGAUUCCACUCCGGUGGAAGAGCCAGAAUCUAAGCGCACGUCCCCAACAUUCACUCGGGCUCGUCUAGUCACUAUCGCUAAGCGUCCUACGCCACCUGCCCUUCCUCCCCGUCACCCCCGACACACCUGGGGCUCUGGUUCCAGCCGUGAAUCAACAUCUCCGACAGCCCUCUCCCACUCAAGCCGCAGUACCGAGCCGACCGAGGCUGCUGUUGAGCCCGCGGAACCUGUGGAGCCCAUUCAGAUGCAGAAUGCUCUGCCGCCCAAUGUGAAGAUGCUGCAGACUCCCAAGGUUGUACCGGCUGUCGUGUACGAGGAUGAUGAUGAUCUUUUCGACGACUCGGAUUCCGAGCUCCCCGCCGACAAGGACGAAUUUCUAUCUGCCAGCGGCGGCGAGGGGCCUGAUGAGGAGACCAUGACUCCGGCAGAGGACCUAACUGCUACCCAGCCAGAUACCGACUUUUUGUCGGUAUCUGCCAUUCCGAACAGCCAGACUGAAAAUGGGUGCAAGGAUGAUAUUCCAUCCGCCACCUCGGAAAUCAAGUCCGAGGCCCCAGCCGAGCCCCAGGAAGGCUCGGCACUUGCCGAGAAACUGGAGGAGUCCCUCUGCUUCACCGAGCUCGAAGCAAAUGCCCAAGAGAGAAAGUAUGAGAAGGACGACCUUACCCACAUUUCGGCUGGAGUUGCAUGA